AUGCAAAUUAAACCAGAAGAAACCCUUCGUGAAUAUUCGGCAAGCUAUUGGGAAUGCUUUAACCUUGUAGAUGACGCCUGCAAUGACUUCAUGGCCAUCACCGCCUUUAAGAUGGGAUUACAUCCUGAUAGUCCCCUCUGUAGUUCAUUGACCAGACGGCCCUCUAAAAUAGUCUGGGCAUUAAUGAAGAAAGUCGAGGAAUAUUGCAAAGUGGAAGACGAUGCCCUACGGGUCAAAGCCGGACAGAAAGCUGUUAAGACGGCUCCACCUGAAAUCGUUCAUCCGAUAAGCGUUGUGCCAUCGAGGAGCCCCAAACUGCAGAAUCGGGCUAAACGAGACAGAAGGCGUGACUCGCGCCAAUCAAAUGAUCAGUGUUCACACCGAUCGAAUGAACAAUAUCAAGUGGAUAGCAGGCGCACAAGAUGCUCGGACAAAAAGUACACGGAGUUAGCAGAGCCGGCCAGCAAGAUUUUAUCGAAAGUUCAACACUUUCCAUUCUUUAAAUGGCCGCCCAAAAUGAUUGGACCUCCUGAUACUCGGAGAAGGGACAAGCGGUGUGAGUACUAUAAGGACCAUGGUCAUGACGCCAACAGUUGUUAUACCCUGAAGGACCACUUAGAGGAACUGGUACAAGACGGCAGGCUGGCGCAACACGUCCGAAAGAAUAAUCCAUCGAACACAGUAGCCCUACGGCCAGAUUAA